CUCCUCUCUCUGUUUCAGUACGCCUUGGAGCGUUUAAAAGUGAUGUGUGAAGAGGCUCUGUGCAACAGCCUCUCUGUGGAGAACGUGGCUGAUACCCUCAUCCUGGCAGACUUACACAGUGCCGAGCAGCUCAAAGCACAAGCCAUAGAUUUUAUCAACAGGUGCAGCGUCCUCCGACAGCUGGGCAGUAAAGAUGGGAAAAACUGGAAUAGCAAUUAUGCCACGGACAUAAUGGAGACGGCAGGCUGGAAGUCAAUGAUCCAGUCCCACCCUCACUUAGUGGCUGAGGCCUUCAGAGCCCUGGCAUCGGCACAGUGCCCACCCUUCGGCCUGCCGAGGAAACGCCUAAAACAGUCCUAACUGCUACAGCCCACUGAUACAGACACUAGGAGCUGAGAGCUGAGGCAGCAUGGAGACCCGAGCAGGGCUGAACAGAGCUGGGAGGCUAACUGGCUGGGAGGCUAACUGGCUGGGAGGCUAACUGGCUGGGAGGCUAACUGGCUGGGAGGCUAACUGGCUGGGAGGCUAACUGGCUGGGAGGCUAACUGGCUGGGAGGCUAACUGGCUGGGAGGCUAACUGGCUGGGAGGCUAACUGGCUGGGAGGCUAACUGGCUGGGAGGCUAACUGGCUGGGAGGCUAACUGGCUGGGAGGCUAACUGGCUGGGAGGCUAACUGGCUGGGAGGCUAACUGGCUGGGAGGCUAACUGGCUGGGAGGCUAACUGGCGGAAAGUAACGUUUGGUUUUGGUCCUCAAGUUUUGUCUGCUAUUUUUCUGUCAUUUCAAAUGGCCUUAAUCUAUCUGCCAUUGCUCUGGAGCUGAUCGACUGUGUUCUCUCUAUUUGACUCUGUGCCUGACCCGUCCCACAGACCAGGCUGCCCUGUCCCACAGACCAGGCUGCCCCGUCCCACAGACCAGGCUGCCCCGUCCCACAGACCACCAGACCAGGCUGCCUCCAGAUUGCACUAGUUCCCAUAGUCAUUUUGAUAUGGAAUUCUAUAGGGACGUGUUAAGGGUUUGAUUCAUGGGAAAUAUUAUAUAUUUGUAAUGUUUAGCCCAUUUUGUGACUAGACAUUAAAAAGCGUGAACACUUUCA